AUGGACGAACGACAAUUGGGCGGUAAAGAAGAAGUUGAAGAAGCUUUAAAGCAAUGGUUCACAAAAGUCAGACAAAAAGAUGUCCGAGUUACAGGACCACUUUUGCGCCAAAAAGCCGAAGAUCUUGCGAAAAAAAUAGGCAAAGAUAAUUUUGUGGCAACAGAAGGUUGGUUUCACCGAUGGAAGAAACGCGAAAACAUUUCAUUCGUUAAGCCACAUGGAAAACAGGGAGAAGCCAACCAUGUAGCUGCACGGACAUUACCUGAGCACACUUACGCGUUCAAAAAUGAAAAAACUAGAGGAACUAAAACUAGUAAAGAACGUCUAACCAUAUUAUGUUGUGCGAGUAUGGAUGGUGAAAAAAGAAAACUGCUUGUGAUUGGUAAAAGUAAAAAUCCCCGGUGUUUCAAGGGUGUUAAGAAUCUACCGGUAGACUAUACUGCAAACAGUAAUGCAUGGAUGAUAAAAGAAAUUUUCACCGAAUGGCUGAUCAAGUGGGACAAUGAACUUCAUCAUGACGUUUUAUUGCUAGUCGAUAACUGCACGGCUCAUGUGGUUACAGAUCUCCCGUCUUACAUGACACAAGUGAUUAAUGGACUUGAAUGGUCUCAAAAUGAAUCAAAUAAACAGCGACUACUGUAUGUAUUUUUUUUCAAUACUAAUCAAAUCAUCACAGUAUUAAGACCAGUUACGUAG